UUGCGCGCACUUCCGGGAGCGGAGCUCACCGGGCGUGCAGGUGAGGAGCGCGGCGCGUUGUAUCACCGCGCGGGGCCCGGCUGUCUGUAGCGGCCUGCUCAACCAGCCCUGCGCCGCCUGGAGCCUCGUGUAUUCAAAUCCCAGAGUCUACUUCUGCAAGAAAGGGCUGCCACCAAAACUCCCUGACAAGCCUUAAUUCUUCAGACCACAUCAGGAUAAGGAGGGGAUCGAAGUAAAGGGCAGAAUGUCAGAGCUGAGUGAUGAAGCCAGUGAGUCGGAGCUGCUGAGCCGCAGUCUGUCCAUGUGGCAUGGGGUGGGUCAGCUGCUGUGUCGGGAAGAGCUGGAUGUUCCCCUGGAUUUGCACACAGCCUCUUCCAUUGGCCAGUAUGAAGUGGUGCAGGAGUGUAUUCAGUGUGGAGAUGUGGAUUUAAAUAAGAAGAAUUGUGGUGGCUGGACUCCAUUGAUGUAUGCUUCCUACAUUGGCCAUGACACCAUUGUGCACCUGCUGCUGGAGGCAGGAGUGAAUGUGAACAUCCCAACUCCAGAAGGACAGACACCGCUCAUGUUAGCCUCCAGCUGUGGAAAUGAAAGCGUUGCCUACUUCCUUCUCCAGCAAGGCGCAGAGCUGGAGAUGAAAGAUAUUCAUGGUUGGACUGCCUUAUUUCACUGUACCAGUGCUGGACAUCAGCAGAUGGUCAAGUUCUUACUCGACAACGGGGCGAAUGCUGACUGCAAGGAGCCUGUGUAUGGAUAUACUCCUCUGAUGGAAGCAGCUGCUUCUGGCCAUGAAAUAAUUGUUCAGUACCUUCUCAAUCAUGGGGUGAAAGUAGAUGCCAGAGAUAACACUGGAGCCACAGCACGGACGCUGGCUAUGAAGUAUGGACAUACAAAGAUUGUGGGGUUGAUAGACUUGCAUGCAGCUCCAGUGCCCAAGGUCUUCUGCAGGGGUCCAGGAAAAUACGAAGAGCUGAGCUCCUCAGAUGAAUCGUGCUCUGCUCCCCAGAGACAGAGACCUGUUCGUAGGACCAAGGGUCCCAGCAUCCAUGAUGGACCCCAGGCUUUGGCUAAGAUAACAGCAGUUGGAAUUGGAGGAAAGAAGCAGUCUCGCUAUGAGCAAGUCUUGCCUCAAGGUUAUGUUACCUUCAGUGAUGAUGGCAGCUGUGAAGCUGAUGAUAUCCGGAACCGGGAUGUUACCUCUCCAAUUAAUGAGCAAGAUGUGGAGAGCAGCAGCAGCAGGGAGGAUAAUGUUUUCUUCACCAACAACUUAGCAGCCAUCAGGAGCAGCAGCAGCAGCAGUGAAUGCCUGACUAAAGCCCUAGGGGUCAGCAGUGAGGGCUCCUUGGAAAGCAAUGAGGAUUCUGACCAUGCAGGCAGUCCUCCUAGUAGGAAACAAGCCAAAAGCUUCAAGGUCAAGAACCGCUACAGCAACAGUGAUGGUCAGUGGAGCCACUGCCCAGGGAAGGCUGGAGCUUCUAAUCAGCACCUCAUCUUUCCUGAGCCCCCUGCCUAUACAGGACCCCAGGACCUUGCAACAUUCCUUGAGCAAAUUGGGUGCCUGAAGUACCUGCAAGUGUUUGAAGAGCAAGAUGUUGACCUCCGCAUCUUCCUCACCCUCACAGAGAGUGAUCUGAAGGAAAUUGGCAUCACCCUGUUCGGACCCAAGAGGAAGAUGACUUCAGCUAUUGCCCGAUGGCACAGCAAUGCUCGGCCACCCAGUGAUGCCCUGGAGCUGGCCUAUGCAGAUCGGCUGGAAGCUGAGAUGCAGGAACUGGCCAUUCAGCUGCACAAGAGGUGUGAAGAGGUGGAGGUGAUGAAGGGCCAGGUAUGCCAAGAGCAGAAACUGCGUGCAGUGGCAGAAAGCUGUCUGAUGGAGAGAGAUGAGACCUGGAAUGCUGUCCAGUGCCAGCUCCGAGAGGCUCAGACUAUCACCAAGGAUGCUGGGGUCUUGCUGGACCAGAUCAAAUCCUGUCAAGCAGAGCUGUCCUCCCGGCUAACACAAGAGCAGGCAGCUGGCAGAGUGCUGGACACAAAGGGGCAGCUGGGAACUGCACAGGGAGGAUGGCCACUGUCCUUGAAGUCUCUGAGCUUGCCUGAGCUGUCAGCUGUCCUCGAGAAAUGUGUGGGAGAAAUGGGAAAAGCUCUGCAGAUGGUAACUCAAAACCUCCAAAGGCUCCAGGCCCCAGGGCAGGGUGCGCAGAGCUGGCUAGAGCCAUAACAAAGCACGAUGGAAUACUGACGUCGGGUGACUGUUCCACCCGGAAUCUGAGCGUGCCUGGGAGAAUGAGCACAAGGACUGUGCUGGCAGCGCCGCAGCUCUGUGGAGAGUGUUGUGACAGCUGGCAGAUGUGUGGACAAAGAUCUCGGCCAUCAGAAUGUGCCAGGAGAAUGAGGGAUGGCAGAGGACAAGGAUACAGCAGCUCUCUGGGCCUGGUUCCUGUCUAGGUUCCCAGGGCUGUGCUGUUUGUACCAGAAGUUCAAGUUAAGAGAAGAAGCCCAAAGGAUUUAUCUGCCUUAAACUUCCUGCAGCCUUUGUUGUUCAGGGCUAUGUUGUGUUAGAGCUGACAGCUGCCCACAGCCAACAACUAAUUAUCCUUUUCCACAUCCUAUCCUCCCCAAGGCCUCCAACAGAUGAGUGGUAGUUGCUGAGGAGCUGACACAGAAAAUGUGUCUGAGGCAGUAAGGAGUGCAGGCUUGUGAGAUGAGUAAAGUGAGCAGGGUUGGUGAUGUCUGAGCAACACAUGCAGCCAAGUCUAGCUGGAACAUCUUCCCUGCUGUUGUCUCAGAUCUGUACUUCAAAACUGCCCCCUUCAGCUGGCCUGCCUUGGUUCAGUUCAGAUUCUUGCCCCCUUCAGGGCUCAUUUUGAUCAUGUUCUUUACUUCCAAAGAACUUUUUUGUGGUAAAUGCUUUGUGGCAAGCAUUUACAAGCAGCAGACUCCAGUGGUCAGGUCUGCUGGUGCCAGGAUCCCAGCACUGACAGUGGCUGCAAAGCAGAUGUGUCCCUGGAAGGACAUGAGAGAGAAGGAAAAGCUCAAGACUGUUUGGUCUGCUUUGCCUCUGGCAAGCAGCGGAGUGCCAAGGCAGGCAGGACUAGGACUGAGGCCUUGGUUGGUUAAGAUGGAUAAAAGAAAUCCCAUCUCAAAUGUAGCUGCACUGCCAUGCUUCAGUCCUUAGCUGCUGCCUGCUCUUAGUUCUCAGGCUUCAGUGUUUGGAAAGAAGCCUGCCAAGAUGUUCUGGUUGGCAGUGUGAUGUAGUUUCAUAGGGCAAACAAAAGGUGUGGGGAAAAGGCUGCCUCCCAAGGGGGACUGCCUGAUCUCUUGGAGUUGGGCAGAGAAUCACAGAAUGAUGAAAUUGUAGAGGUUGGAAGGGACCUCCGGAGAUCAUUGAGUCCACGUGGGCACUGGUGACUGCUACAUGGGUGUAAAGUGGCUUCCAGAACUGCAGCGACUGUUCCUGUGUACUGCUGAGUCUUGGGGGAGAAUUAUCUUCUGUCUGACUGAUGGCCUUGAUGAAUCUGUAAUGGUCUCCAUCUAUUCCUUGAGAAGAAACUGCAUGCUCUUUCAGCACCUCUGAUUAAGGGCCAGAAAAAGUACAAAAAUCCAUCUCAGCUCUAUCCUUUGAGCUUGUCACUUCUGGUCAGCUGCCCACAGCUGUUCAGACAAGCUGGAGCCCAGUUUCCCAUUGGUGGGGAUGACAUCUAGUUUGCUGCCUGGGGACAACCUGGGGGAACAGAGAUGGGUACAGCCUGCACUGUGCAGUGCUGCAGCUUGUAUGUGCGUGGCAGUGUGCUCAGCUGGGGUGUUGAUUCUUACUCACAUUUAACUCUUGUCCUUUGUUCCUUGGUCCAGAGUAUGGGUAGGCCAGAGACUAAGUGUGAAAGAAGAAGGGAGUCCCAUGGGAUGGGUUCUGCAGGAGCCCAGGCGCCCCAAGGGAAUCACCAGGAGUGGGGUUUUAUAGAGUAGUGUUCCAUUAAGGACAGUAAUUCAGUAUUCAGUGCUGAAAGGGCAGCUGUGCCAGCAGCAGGGUGACUGGUGCUACCUGAAGUCAAGCUGUCUGUAUUAAGUAACAUUUGUUACUCAGCUAAAACAAUAAAAGCUGAAAACCUG